UGUUUUCGUUCGUCAAACGCAUCGCAUUGAGGUUAAAUUGAGUUCCGUUCGCUACAGUUCCGGCGGCAGCUCGAAAGCAAAAACAAAUGAGCAUUGACGGCGUGUUUCGUGUAUUUGCGUAGUGCGUGUAACUGUGACAGUGACAGUGUCUGUUGUUUGCUUUGUAUAAUUGUUGUAAUUAGCCCGGCCCAGAUGAGGGUCAACUAAAGCUGUGUAGUAAAAUACCAAAUAAUUGCGCUUGAAAUAUGCAACAGGCUGCCCAAAUCGACAACAAAACAUACGCAAGCGUAGAAAGUUUUUAUUGUUAUUUUAUUUAAGCCAGCAACAGCAAAACCAAAAAUAAACUAAAAAGCGAAAUAACGACGAAUCAUCAAAAAGAGAUAACGAAAUUGGAGUGCGCUCGCGUGUUUGUGCGUGUGUGUAUGUGUGUGCAUAACAUAUUAAAUUGCAAAAAUUUAACAACUUUUAAAUCAAAUUGUAUAUAGAAAAUGUCUGGUCCACUGCCCGAAAUCAGCGCCGAGCAGCGCAAAACAUUGGAACAGUUCCGCAAGUUGAUGAGCCCCGAGCUGAACGAGACGCAUGAUGAUUAUUUUCUACUGCGCUGGCUGCGAGCUCGCAAAUGGAAUGUGGAGGCUGCAGAGAAAAUGCUUAGAGCGAGUCUCAAAACGCGCGCCAUGUGGAACGUGGAUAAUAUAGAGAAAUGGGAAGCUCCGAAGGCGCUGCGCGAGUAUCUGCCCUAUGGCAUCAUGGGCUUUGACAAGGAGGGAUCGCCAGUGAUCGUUUGUCCGUUCUACAACUAUGACAUCUGGGGCAUGAUGCACUGCGUCACACGCUUCGAGUUUCAAAAGUAUUUGGUGCUGCUGCUGGAGCGAUUCAUGAAGCUCGCCUACGAGCAGAGCCUGAAGCAUGGCUGGAAGGCGCGCCAGCUGGUCGUCUUCCUGGACUGCGAGUCGAUGAACCUGAAGCAGUACGCCUGGCGGCCAGCAGCCGAGUGCGUCAUCUCGUCCAUCAAGCAGUACGAGGCCAACUUCCCAGAGCUGCUCAAAAUGUGCUACAUCAUCAAUGCACCGAAGCUCUUCUCGGUGGCCUUUAACAUUGUGAAGAAGUUCCUGGACGAGAACACCACCAGCAAGAUUCACAUCUACAAGUCCGGCACGGACAAGUGGCAGGAGUCGCUGUUCUCACUCGUUGAUCCCAAGAACUUUCCCAAGAGCUGGGGCGGCCAGCUGGUCGACAAACUGGGCGAUCCCCAGUGCAAGUCCAUGAUGGUGUGGGGUGGCAAGCUGCCCGAGGAGCUCUACAUCGAUCAGAACAGCCAGCAAAGCGACAAGAGCUUCACGGACACACAAGUGCCCAAAGGAGACAAGCUCAAGCUGAACUUCAAGGUGAAUGGGCAGGAGGAGCAGCUGCUCUCGUGGAACUUCCGCACCUUCGACUACGACAUCAAGUUUGGCAUUUACAGCGUGGACGAGAAGACGGGGGAGAAGCGCAGCGAGGUGCCGCUUGGCACCGUCUACUCCAACGAAAUGGAUGAGGUGGGCUGCAUCUCCACAAGACCCAACACCACAUACACCGUUGUGUUUGACAACUCGGCCAGCUAUUUGCGCAGCAAGCGGCUGCGCUACUGGGUCGAUCUCAUUUCGGACGAGGAGGAGGGCAUCGCAGAGCUCACCAACCAAAUGGACAACACGCAAAUUGCAACAGCUUAAAGCGUCGAAGCCACAACUGCAAUUAAGCCAAAAAGAAGAGCGCAAAAAGCA